AUGCCCGAAUCACAAGCGUCUGAUCCUGCAUUCCAGAGCGGCAAGGGCGGAGAUGGAGAUGUGUCUGCGUCUGCGCAACCCGCCGCCCCGUCAGGCCAGAUCCUAACUGGAAAGCAAGAACACUACCUUAAGCGCGAGCUCAUUGCCCGACAAGUCCGCGGCGAAAUCUCCGAGUUGAAUUCCCCGACAGCAUUGCAGCGAUUCGGUGCGCCGUUUAGGUCUGAGUUUGGUGAGGUUGCGCCUGUUGACUCGGAGCUUCCUAUUUUGCGGUAUAUCUUUGUGCAUCAUGUGCGGAAUUUCCCGUUCUUAGACCAGGCACGGGAGAAAGAGUUUUGGCAGGAUAAGUUGCAAAUUUUCUUGGAAUCUUUCGCCAAUAAACAUGUCUCGUCCUCGGAGGAUCGGUUGGAGGAAACAAAGCGUCGGAAGUUGGCUCGGAAAUGCGAGAAGCUCGUUGAGUUGAUGAUGGUUUCCGGCGUGCCGACCGCAUCUGGGUAUGAAGAGCGCAUUCAGUUCUCCGAGAUGGAGAUUGUGGAGCGUGGAGCUCAGGAUUCGGGCUUGCUGGUCAAUAUGCCCGAGGGCAAUUCGAUAAAUGGUUGGGAAGUGAAUGUUGCCGCUGUUCGGACGACCUCUGUCAAGCGGACAAUGCGAUACCAUCAACACGCAGAAUUCCUUAUUCGAGUUCGCCAAGAUGGUAAGGACGAUUUCCAUGUUGGGAGGAGAUAUGGAGAGUUUGUUAAGCUCCAUAAGAGAUUGAGGACUGAAAUGCCUGGCAAACAUCUCCCUCCUCUUCCUCGCAAGAACAAGACCUCCACCUCGAGUUGGUUUGGGUCAAAUGGCGAUGACGAUGCUUCUUCAGUUUCUUCUCUUUCCACACAAGGUACCAGCAUGCCCGAAGAGCUCCCUUCCUCGCGCACCCUUGCCCCAUCACAGGGUAGCGUUCGACGAUCGAUUUCACGAAGUUCGAUGCGAUCAACCAAAUCACCCCGCGCAUCAACGACCGAUGUAUCAAGAGAGACUGUGUUAUAUCGCGAGGAACAGCGUGUGUCGCUGCGCGCGUUCCUGCGCACAGUAUUGCAGAAUAAGCGCAUUGCGGAAUCCAAAGCCAUGGAAGAAUUUUUGACUGCCCGUUCCAUCAAGUUGAAUGAGGAAGAACAUCUUGAUGUUCAGAAGCGGAAAGCCAUGGAUGCGGUGAGAAUUGAGGAGCAAAAACGCUUUUAUGAAAUCGCCAGGCAGCGAGCUGCCGAGUUGGACGUUUACAUGGAGCAGUUCCGUCGGGAUAUUGUCGAGAGCAAUGGAUUGACAAAGCUCUUUGCCGAGAUCCGAGAGAAGCCUUCUAUUCCAGAUCUCAGCCCGCAAUAUCAGAAGUUUGCUGAGUGGCUUCGUAUUGAGGUUGCUGCGACGAUUUACCACCUGUUCCUUGCUGAAGAUAACUCUCCCGAACUUUUUGCACAGGCGAAACGGAUUCACGGCCUCGUUCCUUAUACCCUGAUGAAGAAUGUCAUUCGUAUUGCCAACCCUGCCGCAGUCAUGUCUGGUGUUCUUGACCUGUUCAUGGCUCAGCCCUUCGGUUCGCGGUCACUCCUGCAGCGCAUCUUCUCCUUGACACUGAAUGAGAGCAUCAAAGACUUCCAGCGACACAUCAACUCGCUGGCUGCCAAGGUCGAAGAUGACGUCCUCACCAAGAAGCUUAAGGCCUUUGCAGACGCCGAGGAAGAAAUCAAGAACGAGAUUAGAGCAGAGGCUGUGGCCGAUGACGUUGAUCUGAUUGUCGCCAUUCUUCGCUCUGAACUCAUCUCCCCGGAGCUCACACCAGAGCAGAUUGGAAAGGUAUUCAACGGCUACGUUGCCUGGAACUACGCCGUCGAUAAUGUCGACGUGGAAAUGCAACAGGGUGCCCAAUGGUUCGCUCACAUGAAGCAGCUACUCAAGCUCUACACCCGCCAACGCGAUAAGGCUAUGAUGCUGAGCAUCGUUGAAGAGCCUGUCACAUUGCAGCUUUUCCGGGAUCUCUUCACCAUCUUCUACGAACCCCUGGUCCGCGUUUACAAGUCUGCCAAUGUAUACAGCAGUAUCACCGACUUUGCACAAUUCGCCGACGACGCCAUUAGCGUUAUUGAGAGUGCCCAGCGCCAGGAUGCCUCAGCUGAUCCAAACCAGACAGUACAGGCCUUCAUCGACCUGUGCGCUCGUCACGAAGCCAACUUCUACAAAUUCAUCCAUGAAGUACACCAGCAUGACAAUGGUCUGUUCCAAUCUCUGAUGUCUUGGAUCGAAGAAAUUCUCGACUUCUUGCGCAAUGGACCCGCAGGAGGAAAGAUGGACAUCAACGCCCUAUUCCAAGGAGCCGUUGGCGUCGGCCAAGUCGAUAAAGAAAUCGCCCUGAACGAAAUCAACGCCUUGAUCAAGUGGCAGGAAGACCGCAAGCGCUGGCACUUGAACAAGACCCGCCAGAAGAUGGCUGCUGAGGGUACAGGUGGAGAUGCCAUUCCCGGCACAGGCGCCUUCCGCAGUGGUGAUUUCGGUCUUGAUGAGGGCGACCUAGAAGACCUCACAAUCUCAGACGAAGCAUCCGACGCCUCAGACGAAGACACAGAAGACGAAGACAUGGACGACCCCAUCGCCGUCGAGCGUCGCCGCCGCACAAAGAAACAGGAUCAACUCCGUCGUACAGCUGGUGAACCUGUUAAGCCGGAGGUUACUGAGAUCCUUAAGCUGGGUGAACCAUUUGUUGUCAUGUUGCGACAUGUGCUUGCGGAUUAA